AUGGUGUGUCUGGGAGCUCUGUUUGGAUGCAAGCGUUCCAACUCCUUCGUAGCCUAUCUUCUUUCAGCUUUGGUCUCCGUUUCAAUUCUUUGCGUUUUGCGUUUGCUAUGUUACGGCCUUGGCCGGUUACUAAAGAGGUGGAGAGGUCGUAAUCCAAACAGCGCCUUAGAAAUGCAAUCACAGAACACAAUUACAAGGCUUGGCCAAUAG